GGAAACAGUUGUUUAUCUCAAGGGAGGCGGGACUGGGCGGGUCGGGCCGCAGACGGCUGACGGUGGGGGAGGAGCCGGGUCCACUGCCGGGUGGAGGGGCAAGGCGAGUGUCCUUAUACUACCGCCUGGGGCCCGGGCCUGUGAGUCCGUUGGAGUCGCGGCGGCGGGAGCGAUCGGGCUGAGAAGUAGACAUGUUGCUCUUCGUAGAGCAGGUAGCAUCUAAAGGCACUGGUUUAAAUCCUAAUGCCAAAGUAUGGCAAGAAAUUCCUCCUGGAAAUCCUGAUGGCACUCCUGUAACUGAAAGCUCUUGGCAUGAAACCUCAGCCACCUCUGGAUCUGAGGAUAAUACAGAACUUUCAGAAGAUAUGUGUAAGGAAUAUGAAGUAAUGUAUUCUCCAUCUUGUGAGGCCACAAGAAAUACUACAGGCAUUGAAGAAUCAACUGAUGGAAUGAUUUUAGGACCUGAAGAUUUGAGUUACCAAAUAUAUGCUGUUUCUGGAGAAAGCAGUUCAACAGUUUCUACAGAAGAUUUAAAAGAAUGUCUGAAAAAACAAUUAGAGUUCUGUUUCUCACGAGAAAAUUUAUCGAAGGAUCUUUACUUGAUAUCACAAAUGGAUAGUGAUCAGUUUGUCCCAAUAUGGACAGUUGCCAACAUGGAAGAAAUAAAAAAGUUGACCACAGAUCCAGAUCUAAUUCUUGAAGUACUAAGAUCUUCUCCUAUGGUACAAGUCGAUGAGAAUGGUGAGAAGGUGAGACCAAGUCAUAAGCGUUGUAUUGUAAUUCUCAGAGAAAUUCCUGAAACAACACCAGUAGAGGAAGUGAAAGCUUUAUUUAAAAAUGAAAACUGUCCCAAAGUGAUAAGCUGUGAGUUUGCACACAACAGUAACUGGUAUAUCACUUUCCAAUCAGACACAGAUGCACAGCAGGCUUUUAAAUACUUACGUGAAGAAGUUAAAACAUUUCAGGGCAAGCCAAUCAUGGCGAGGAUAAAAGCCAUCAAUACAUUCUUUGCUAAGAAUGGUUAUCGAUUAAUGGAUUCUAGUAUGUAUACUCAACCCAUUCAGACUCAAGCCCAAUAUCCCUCACCAGUCUUUAUGCAGCCUGUGUAUAACCCUCACCAACAGUACUCAGUCUAUAGUAUUGUGCCUCAGUCUUGGUCUCCAAGUCCUACACCUUACUUUGAAACACCACUGGCUCCCUUCCCUAAUGGUAGUUUUGUGAAUGGCUUUAAUUCGCCGGGAUCUUAUAAAACAAAUGCUGCUGCUAUGAAUAUGAGUCGACCAUUCCAAAAAACUCGUGUGAAGCCUCAUUUUAGGUCAUCCAGUGGUUCAGAACACUCAACAGAGGGGGACGGACCGUUGAACAGAUCUAGUUCAAGGAACUUUCUACCUGAACGGCAGAGCUCCACAGUAACAGGUCAUCAAGAACAAACUUAUGUUCCAAAGGAGGCCCCCACUUUACAGAUGGAACAAAAUGGGGACUAUGGUAGAGGCAGGCGAACUCUUUUCAGAGGUCGAAGACGGAGAGAAGAUGAUAGGAUCCCAAGACCCCCUCCUUCAACAACUGAUAUAAAGACUCCAACACCAAAGUUUGACUUACUAGUUUCAAAUUUUCCUCCAUUACCUGGAAGUUCAUCAAGAAUGCCAGAUGAACUUCUUUUGGAUAAUCGAGUGUCUGAUAUCGUUAAAACUGUCUACAAAGAAAAGGACAAUGAAGACUUGAGAGUUAGUUGCCCAGUGUCUGCAGAGGAUGGACAGACAGACUGUGCAUCUGCCCAGCAACUCAGUAUGAGUACCAGUCCUCCGUGUGCAGCUCAGCUUCCUGCAUCAAGCACAACUCAACAAGAAAAAGAGGAUUCCAUCAUUCAGAAGAAUGUUCUCAAUCAGAUGACAGUACCAGUUACGUGUCCAAGUACUACAAAAUCAUCAAGGGCAAACACUGCUUCACCAUCUAGUAAUACCACAAAUGUACCCGUAGUUGUGGCCCUACAGGAACCUCGAAAGUUAAGUUAUGCUGAAGUGUGCCAGAAGCCCCCUAAAGAGCCAUCUCCAGUUCUUGUACAACCACUGCGGGAACUUCGCUCCAAUGUCGUGUCUCCCACCAAAAAUGAAGAGAAUGGAGCUCCUGAAAAGUCUGUUGAGAAGCAACACACAGAAACAAGGGCUAGUAGGGAUUAUUCUGGCUUCCGAGGCAAUACCAUUCCCAGGGGAGCAGCUGGAAAAAUCAGGGAACAGAGACGCCAGCUUAGCCACAGGGCUGUACCUCAGGGAGUGACUCGGCGCAAUGGCAAAGAGCAGUGCAUGCCGCCCAGAUCACCAAAGUAAAAACACAGCAGAACUAUUCAGACACUUCUUUCUUCCCACUAAACUUGAGCCUAUAUUGAACUGUUCUGGAGAGGAGGGAGUAGACAGGAAAGAAAUGGAAAGUAUGUUCUUAAAUCAUUAUGGAUUUUGGAAUUGUGAGUAGUAGGAUCCCAAAAUUCAUCUCUAAAGUGAUUUUUUAAAUGCUGGAGGAUUUUAAUCAGUAU